AUGGCCUCAAAAACUUCCCAAUUUACUUUAUACAAAUCAUUUGUAGAUGCCUUCACUACAGGUCAUCCUAACAUGACUAAAUAUGCCUGUCAUUACAAUGCACAAUUAGAAUGGAAAAAAUUGAAAAAUAAUGAAGAUUUAAUUAAGAAAAAUAUUGAAAAAUAUCUUGAAGCUUCAAAAAUAUCUAAUGAAAAUGAAACGAAAGAAUCUUCGUCUACUAAAAAUAUAUCAACACAAGAGAAAAUAACGACAAAUGAACGCAAACGAACAUUAUCAUCCGAUGAUGAUGAACUUGAACCAUAUGAACUGAAUUUAGAAUCUGAAUUCGUUACACCUGUUGAACCAACUUUUACUAAACGUGAUUCUUCUCAACCAACUGAAUUUAAUGAUUUAAGCAAACCAUGGGUUUAUCGAUCUUUUGAAAGAGCUCGAGCGCGCGUUGAAGCACGUGUAGCUAAAAUACAGGCACGACGUGUUGCUAGUGAAAAUCGAAUAAAAACACCUGCACAAGAAGCUGUUAUUGAACAAAUAAAAGAUAUAUCUGAACGUAUCGCUAGUUUAGUUCAAGUUAAGAAUAUGGGUUUAUCAACAACAGAUUCGAAUAUUACAUUAAAAAAAUUACUCCAACAAAAAAAAGAACGUGCAUCCGAACUUCGAUGCUUAAUAUCGAAACAACGUUCAUCGGCACGUUAUCGUGAAAGAAAAAAACGUUGUAUUGAAUCGAUAUGUGCAGCAGAUCCUGAAGUUGCUGCUACACUUCUAAAAUUUUACAAACCAACAACACUUCGUGUACAAAUCGAUAAUGUUUGUCCAGAUUUAAUACAAACAAUUGAAGAUAUUGCUCGUAUUGGCGGAGCCAUUGAUGCAAAUCCUAGAUUAAUUAAUACUCAACCGUGUUCUUCGUUAGAUGAGUUACGACAAAAAAUAAAAGAGCGUAAUUUUGAAAUUCGACGAUCGUCUAAUUUUUAUCGUCUUAUACCGUCGGGUAUUUUUACUGAAGAUGGAAAAAGACAUGUCAAUUCUAAAGCUGUUCGCCUUCGAAAAAUUAAAGAUAUCGAACAAUCCAAACAUGAAGAUUGUCAUUUUGUAUCUGCAACUUUACAACAUAUUAAAGAUUUAGCUGGUACUUUUGGCAAUGAUUGUGUAUUCUAUCUUGUUGAAGAUAGACGAGCUUCAGUUAGAAUAGGUCGACCGUCAGCAAGAGGACAUUCACCGUUUAUCAUGCACUUAGAUUAUCAAAUAAGUACAUCUGAUUCUACACCAAUACCACCUACUAUUACUCAUCAAUUUGAACCAACAGUUUAUGCAUCGUGUGUUAUUGAUGAAACUGGCCUAAUAGGCUUUUCAGGUCCAACAUAUGUAUCGAUUCGAUCAGCUAAGCAUGAUCGAUUUACAGUCGAUCAUGAAGAUCUUGAUUUCGAUUGUGUUGUUAAAUUAAAAGAAUUCGAAAAAACAGCUCGUAAUCAUGUUGGAACUAUUAAACCGAUUAUUAUUAUGGGUAUUGACAGUCUUAAACCUAACGAUUAUACACGUUUUCCAAAGACACUUACAACAGCAAUUAAUAGAUUUAAAAAAUAUAAUUUGGAUGCUUUCUUUAUUGUAACUCAAGCGCCAGGUCAAGCAACUUUUAAUGUUGCCGAACGACGUUUAGCAGUUCUAUCACAAGAUUUAACCGGUUUAGUUUUACCACAUGAUUAUUUCGGUACACAUUUAAAUGUUAGUGGUGUAACAAUUGAUGCUGAAACAGAAAAAUUAAAUUUAAAAACAACCGGUGAGGUUCUUGCUGAAGUUUGGAGCAUGGACAUGAUUGAUCGUCAUCCUGUUGUCGCACAAUAUAUGGAUCCACCAUCAUCAACUGAUGAUAUGGUUAGAUUAAUUGAUGCACAAUCUACGAUGGAUUCAAUUAUUGAUGAUAUUUGUGAUGAAGAAGAAGAAAUUCCACUUCAUCUACGCGUUAAACAUAUGCGAUCAACACAACAUCUCAAUGUACUUCCAGAUACAAAACCAAAACCGAUUUAUAACAUCGAUGAAUAUUGGUGUGCAACACAUGUUUUCCAAACUCAAUAUACAAUUCAAAUAGUUCGUUGUACGAAACCUGAAUGUUGUGGUCCAUGGCGUUCAAAUUAUAUUCAAGUUUUUCCUCAUCGUUUUCUUCCAUCGCCUGUACCAUUUGAUCGUUCAUCUCAUGGCGUUCGAUUAGCUCAACUGGAAGCAUCUUUUGCUAAUAUGAAUCCUACAUCACCAUAUUAUGGAACACUAUUUCAACGUAUACAAUUUCAUGGUAUUGUUAUGCAGGGAACAAACAAUUUACUUUUACCAUUUGACUCCUAUUGCCCAUCGGUACAAGCAAAACUCCAAUCACGUGUAUGUUCUAUUUGUAAACAAUAUAUUCCAUCGCCAACUCGUUUGCGCAAUCAUUAUAAAGUUCACCAGCAACGUUACGCAUCAAAUUGUAUUGAUUAUAAAUUUAAUAAAGAAGAAGAACUCAUUGAUGAAUCUGAACCAUAUGAUCCAAAUGAAAUGCCUCUAUGUCAAAUAAAUCGAUUUCAUAGUGGAGUUUUUCUUUUUUCCGAUAUGAUUGAAUGGAUAAAAUCAGAUUUUGAAGAUGAACCCAUUGUCGAAACGAAACAAAAAUCAUCAGCAACAAUUGCCAAUGCUAUGAUUCGACAAGAACGACAAUUACAAGAGGCUGCUGCUGCUGCUAUGGGACUUAGUUCUAUUACUAUGGGACAACCAAAAGGAAUUGAAUCAGUUGCAACAAUAUAUGUUGAUGAUGCAUUAGAUUCUACAACCGAUAAUACAUCUUUACCUGAGAUUAAAAUCGAAAGUGAAACAAUUACUAUAAUUGAUGUUACAACUGAAAAGCACGAUGUAAAUGUAUGUGAUAGUAUGGAUCAAUUAACUGUAAUGGAUAAUCAAACAGCUUUAUCUAAAAGCCAAAGUCAAGAUUCACUUAAUCAAUACGAUGAUCUUAGUGACCUUAUUGAUAAAAUUUGA